AUGGCAUCUGAAUAUUUCUCAACGCUGCAAUACAUCUGGCUGAAUAUCGUCUUCUUCAUUUUCUCGCUUCUCGUCUUCGCCAUCUGUCUGUACGCAUGUCUCUUCGUGAGAUGGGUGAGAAGCACGAAAAAAAAAAUGAAAAUGGGUCAUUCGAAUUCAGGUGUACAAGAGAAGACUUCGUCAGAAGACUGAUGAAAUGAUUGAGUGCUACAAGAGCGGAGAGGACAAACGGAAGGAAAUGGAGCUGAAUCUAAAGAAACAGGAAUUGAAACGUUGGUUUAGUUUCUGAAGACAGCGCAUGAAAUUGAUUAUUCUCAGCGCCGACACAAAAGAAAAAGGGCAAGUCUCACAACCUGCACAUCGUCACGAAAGCCUGCAAUCACGUUAUUCAAAAGAACAGCAAAGAAGUGAUUGUGCAGCAAGUGCACGAAGGAGCCAACGAGGAAGUGGCGUGCUCUCCGCUUCCGAUUCCCGUUCAGCAGCAGUAUCCGUUGCCACAGCCUCAGCAGCAGUUGCAGCAUCAACAGGUGCAGCCACAGUACAUCAUGGUCCCCAUGGAAAUUAUGAAGAAUCAGAAGAAACGUGGGUGUCCGUUUCAGUCUUUCAUUUACCUAGUUGUUUUCAGAGAAGCGCUCCCACUCGCCGAAUGUUCCACUCGUCUUGCCGCUUCAAACUCAGAAAGUGAUCGUAGAGAGUGUGGCGACACAAACGUCGGAUCGUCAGAUGGAUCGGCCGAACGGACUGGAAAAGAAGAAGUCGGAGGAUUGGCUGGAUGGGUACGAUGAGAAGGACGCAGAACGCAUUGAUUUGGACGAGGAGCCAGAGGACAAUGAGAGUGACCGGAUUAUGAAGAGACGCAGAGACUACGACAACAAGCACAAGAAGCCUAGUCCGAAGACUAGCGCCCUUUCCGAUGAAACGAGAGUUUCGAUCGAAAACGAUACUCCACCACCGGUGUCUUCCGCUUCGACCACUCCCUCAAAGACGCCAUCGACCACUCCGUCGACCACUCCGUCUACCACAACUUCUGGAUUCACUUCUUCUGCUGGAACCACUCAAUCGGCUGCUCCUUCUACUCCUGAAGUCGUCGAAAAAGCACCUCCUCCGAUUGUUCCUACUGCAAAGAAAUCGAAUGAGAGCAACGUCAAGAGCACUUUUAUCGGAGAGCCUGCGGCCGUCUCUUCCAGUCUGUUCACAUUUCAGAGUUCCUCUCCACCUCCUGCAAUUUUCAGAUUACUUGCAACCGCCCAUCAUGGCAAAUACGACACCUCCGCGGCCCGCUAUCUUCCCGUACUUUGUCGACUCGAAAGUUCCGACGGCGGAGACUUCGACCAGCAAGGCGACGUCGAAAAUUAGCAAAGCCUACUGGGAUUCAUCCGAAGACUCUUGUGCUCUGUACAGAUCUCGCAGAAAAAAUGUGAAAUCGGAGAAACACUACGGAACACUCAGGAAGUAA